AUGUUCCUAAGUGCCAAGGCGUCCUUUGAAAAUGACUUGAUUUCAUUUAUUCUCUACGAGGAGGAACACCACCUUAUAGCAAUCGUUGCCGCGCGAGGCUGUGGUCCAAAAGUGCACAAUUCCUCGGGGUUAGAUCCUAUUACUUUCUCCUAUUAUUCACUGACCAUUUCGGCCGUCGCCUAUUGGCAGCGCAAGACAUUAGGAAUAAUGCCGAGUCAGACCUACCUUGCACCUCUUCCCCAGUACGGUUAUUAG